CGUAAGCAAAGCUGGGGGGCUGGGGCUCCUGCAGGGCUAAGGUCCGCCGACUGUGCGGGGAAAGAGGGGCGCGGCACGGAGGCGCCACAGAGAGCUUACAAUGUCUGGAUUUGACAACUUGAAUACAGAAUUCUACCAAACAAGUUACAGCAUUGAUGAUCAAGCACAGUCGUAUGAUUAUGGAGGAGGAACAUACAGCAAACAAUAUGCUGGCUAUGACUAUUCUCAGUCAAGUGGAUAUGUUCCUCCAGAGAUGAUGCAGCAACAACAGCCUUACACUGGUCAAAUAUUCCAGCCAUCACCCGCUUACACUCCAUCCUCACCACAGUCUUUCUAUGGAAGCAGUUUUGAAGAUGAGCCACCCUUAUUAGAAGAACUCGGGAUCAAUUUUGACCAUAUCUGGCAGAAGACCCUCACAGUACUGCACCCUUUGAAAGUAGCAGAUGGCAGCAUCAUGAAUGAAACCGACUUGGCAGGGCCAAUGGUAUUUUGCUUAGCCUUUGGUUCCACCUUAUUGCUGGCUGGCAAAAUUCAGUUUGGCUACGUGUAUGGGAUUAGUGCAAUUGGGUGCUUAGGAAUGUUUUGUCUCCUGAAUUUAAUGAGCAUGACGGGUGUUUCAUUUGGCUGUGUUGCCAGUGUCCUAGGAUACUGCCUCCUUCCUAUGAUAAUUCUCUCCAGCUUCGCAGUGGUAUUUUCUUUACAGGGCUUGAUGGGAAUAGUUCUGGCUGCUGGAAUUAUUGGCUGGUGUAGUUUUUCAGCUUCCAAAAUCUUCAUUUCCGCCUUGGCAAUGGAAGGACAGCAACUAUUAGUAGCCUAUCCAUGUGCUUUAUUAUAUGGAGUCUUUGCCCUCAUUUCUGUGUUUUGAGCUUGGUAUCUUUAUUACUGGACUGAAGUGGGCCAAACAGAAAAGCCUCCACUUGGGACCCUUAGCUUGGGACCAGAAAGCAGAUGUUGGAUCGCUAUCAUGAAAGGUUAUUGCUUGAAUGGUCUGAUGGAGCCACAGAAAUGAACAUGUUGUUUGUGUUCCUUUUUUUAGGAUUCUUGAAUGCAGUUAUGAAUUGACCUGUAACAUCUAUAGCUGUAAUACAGGUUCAUGCUUAUACUGUCUAAAAUGUAAAGUUUUUCCUCCAGUCGUCUGGUCUCUGUCAAAGUAUUCUUGUUAUGGAAACUUUUGUAGUUUGUAAGUUUUUAUAGAUAAGAAAUGAAACUCUAAAUGUUGCUUUUGUUUCUGCCACGUUGCCAUAUAACAACAGUCCUAAACAAAAGACACAUUUCUUUCUUUUUCUGAGUUUAGUAGACUGAAAACUUAUCUCAAUCCCACUUUCAAGAUAAAGUGAAGCAGAAUGGUCCCAGCUACGCCUUUCCAAAGUUUACCUAAUUAAAUUACUGUUUACACUGAAUGGUCCAAAAGGCUUUCCAGGCUCAAAGUUUGCCUGUAUUUAAAUAUUUCAGUUUGUAUGUAUUUUGUAAAUAGUUUUACCAUCUUGUAUAAAGCUGAGGAAAUCUUGUUCUGAUGCUGCAAAUCAAGAAGUAGAAUUCAAUAGUUCAUCAGAAACACCCUGUCCGACAAAUAACAAAUUUGUCAAUAUUGUAGUCUAAAAGAGGUUACCCAUAUUAAAUUUCUGAAACUGU